AUGGCUCCCACCAUGAACUCCACCCACUGCAUCGUCCCCGUCUCUCUGCUCGUCGACUUCUGCGAGCUCCAGAAGAUGCUGGCUCGCACUCCCAACCCGAUCGACUCCCACCUCUACAGCAGCAUCACGGCCGAAAUCAACCAUAAGGUCGAUGAGACCAUUGUCGCCUUCCCUAAUACCUGUGCAGAUGUUGAUCGCCUGGCCGAGCAAGCCUACCAAACUCGCAAGAGCAACCUCGAGCGGUUGCAACGCAAACAACAGAAGAGAGAGGAGAAGAAGAAGAACAAGCAGCGCCUCGCCAAGGCCGAUUUAAUGACGCCCAACGACCAGGUCAGAGCCUGGCUAGCCAAAAGGGAGAGCGAGACUCAGGGCAGGCGACCUCGCGAAGAGGUAGAGGUUGAGGUGAACCGCAAGCGAGUGAAGGUGGAGGUGAAAGAGGAGUCGUCCUGA